AUGUUCUCCAGAGGAUUAUUGAACUCCAGCAGAUUCGUACGUAGAUGUCACGGUACCCACUCCAUCCAUACUAACCAUCAGGCGCUCGCCAACGCUGUCAAGACCCCAAGGGUCCAAGUCAGAUUACUCUCGACCGAAAUCAAGGAAGCCAUCGACAAAGCAGUUGAAUCUUCCAAGGUUGUUUUGUUCAUGAAGGGUACCCCUGAGUUCCCUCAAUGUGGCUUUUCCAGAGCAACCAUCCAAAUCUUGGGCCAACAAGGUGUUGACCCUGAGGUCUUCGCUGCCUACAACGUUUUGGAAGAUCCUGAAUUGAGAGAAGGUAUCAAGGAGUACAGCUCCUGGCCUACCAUCCCACAGUUGUACGUUAACAAGGAAUUCGUUGGAGGAUGUGAUAUCAUAAUGAGUAUGUCAAAGUCUGGCGAGUUGGCUGAAUUGCUUGAAUCGAGUGGUGCGUUGAUUCCUGAAGAGGAGGAAGCACCAGGAAGUGCCGAUGUCAAGGUCAGCGAAAGAUCAUAA